ACUGGAAACAGAGCUGAUCCUUGGUUGGCUCCUGAUUGGCUGAUCUCUCUACAUAGCAUCAUUACCAACCUUUUUAAGGACACAACAUAAUGUACCAUUACAGCAGCACACAUACUGUUUUGUAAGGGUCUCAUCUUCAUUUGCGUCCGUUAUACAGACAUCGAGUGAAGAAAAGAACAUUCAUUCAGGAGAUCAAGAGACUCUGGGACAACUUUCAGAAUAUCCUGAAUAAUGGGUGCCAAGCUUGUUACAGUUUCAGUCAUCAAUAAGACUCCUUAUACUUGGCACUAUACCCCCCAGAGCAGAGGGGUUAUAAUCGUCAAUGGUGGCUGCACAAUGUCAUAUAAGGAGCGCUAUUAUGUCAAAUGCAACAUCUGCUUCAGACAUGGAGAUGACACAACUAUGAGUUUUAAGUACGAGUUUGACACCACUGACCAGAUCUACUGGUAUAAUAUCACUUUUAUCAUACGUGAAACCCAAGACCGUUCCCAGAUUGAGUUGCACUGCAGAAAUGAUGGUGGCACUCUUUACUGUCCCAACUACGAAAAUACUGAGGAUGAAAAUCAGAGAAAGCAAGAGGAGGAGAGACGUCUGGAAGACGACGCUGCUGCAAUCGAGAGGGACCGGGUUACUGAUGUUGAAGAAAAAUUCAAAGAGCUUUUGUUGAAGUACCAAGAUAAGUUCACAGAAGAUAAAGAGCACUUAGAGAUUUGGGACAGGAUUAAGGCACGCCAGAAUGAACUUGUAGAUCAAUAUUGUAGAGAAAACAACCUUUCAGCAGGGUCUCAGUUUACCUUUGAUCAAGCUGUAGGAUAUAACAAACUGUCUCUUACAGAGAAGCUCACAGUUCUCGAGGCAUCUCUACAGUUCAUUCUGAACAGUAGUACUGAAGAUGCUAAAGAUGAUGAAGAUCAGCCGCUUGGCUGGGAGAAGAAGUAUGACUUUCUCUUGGGUUUGGUGAAGCAGCUUCAUUCCACAAAUCCAACUUUGGCAGACCACAUUUUAUUAAGUUUACUUGACAUGAUGUCAGAGAUUUCACCACAAAGUAGGAAGAUUUUGGGUCAAAUGUUGUCCAACAGAAUCUGGACCCCAACAGAAAUAAUGCUCUUCAUUUGCAAAAGUCCAGCUAUCAAAUGUGAUCAACUCGAUUCAGUUCUCCACACAGCACAAACCGACCACCUGGACUGCAUCCUCGUUCUCUCUGCUCUUACAAAAGAAGACCCCUUAAUGUUUCUUCAAAAAAAAACUGCCCGGAGAAAGUUUUGUUGCUGCUGAAGGAAGUGCUUAGAUACAUGGAGUCAGUAGGGGAGACUGGGGGCAAUUGUAACAAAUUUUGGUCAUGCCAUCAUUACUCAAAAACCUUCUGAAAUACUUGGAUACAAUUUAUGUCAGUAACUUGUACUGAUACCCAUAUUCAGGGGCAGAGAGUGUACAGGGCCUACUCAGUAAAAUAGAUCCCCAGGUUGAAAGGCAAAAACACUUUUAAAAAAUAAAUUAAAAAAUAAUCUAUUUUGAUGUCCUUACUAAGCUGGACACUAUUUUGAUGGUGUCAGGGGCAAUUGUAACGCAGUGUUACAAUUGCCCCUUGACUGUACCACCCCGUGACAAGCUACCCUGCUAGCUAGAAACAACGAAGCUAAUGUUUGACAAAGAUAUCAAAUGUUAGAAAAAAAGAAUGGCCCAAUACAAGAUCCAAUUGCAGUUUUUAUUCAGGGAUAUACAAAGAGAAGUACAAUGCCAGUCAAUAUCCAUGAAAACAGUCCACAAGAACAAGAAACCAGAAAUAAAACAGAGUGCUCAGAAAUGCAUCUAACAACAACAAAAACCUUGAUAAAACAGACUGAAACAAACCUUGACUAAAUAGGCAGAAACUAAUGACAUAAAUCAAAACAGCUGUGUGCAAUGAACAGAGAUGAUGAGUCCAGGACAAAGGGAUCAUGGGAAAUUAAUUUCUAAGUGUAACCAUAGUCCGGGGUAGUGAUCAUGAAAUUACGUUUAAUAACUUCACUUCAACAAUGAUGUAAGUUAGCAUGCAAAAAUGUAGUUGGUCUAAUAACCUUAAAGGAUUAGUCCACUUUUAAAUAAAAUUUUCCUGAUAAUUUACUCACCCCCAUGUCCAACUGGUGAUCAUGACAGAGUCUUUGUAGAAAACCAAGUAUGAUUCAGAAGCUUGUCCUUUGGCAUGCAGAGAGGGAUCUCCACAGAGCACAGGCAAAAUGAGUCUCAUGGUUCUGUCUCGUUUCUGAUUGGUGUAAUUUGAGAUGUUACAAUUGCCCCCGGUCUCCCUACUCACAAAAUAUCAAUUGGGGGGCAUUAGCAAGAAAGAAAUAGCAGAUUUGAGAAAGAAGAUAAGAUUUCUAAAUCUUACAAACCCAAAUAUAGACAUUCUGAAAUUUGUAUUAUUACAGCUUGAAAAGGUAAUCCUGGGAUGGUUGUGAACCGUGAUCAUCUCGCACCAGCUUAUCAAGGUCAGUCUGUGGAAACCAUGCGCCAGCUAAGAGAGGAUUAUGAAAUUAAACGAAUCCUCAAAAUGGAAAAUGAUGAGGUGGUUGAACUAAACCAAAAGGAAAAGCUGUUCUCCACAUUUUCACCACGUUACACAGAUGAAGAAAAACUGGACCCCAUGCGAAUGAAGCUCAAAAAUAUACCUGAAUGCUUUAAACAUCAUCAGCAUAAGUUUGAUUAUCAGCCUGCCGUCAAUACUCUGAAAGAAUCUUGGGCCUUGUGGUUGACCCUUCACGAGGAUCACAUCAAUAGACAUGAUGACUUAGGAGAACUUGAAGCAGACCUUAUCAGGACAAUAAACGAAACAAGUGGAAAGCUGCUGUAAAGAGAAAGUGAUCAUUUCUAUGAUCACAUCAAACAGCCAAUUGUAAGAACUGAUCUACACUGCCAUGACAAAUCCAGCAAUGCCUUACAUCACCAUCAACCUUGGUAAGAGUAACUAUAAAGCAGACGCUAUGAAACUGCUGGAAGAUGCAAAGAAAUCCAUUGAUGUCUAGGGUGUAGGGUGGACACUUGUGAACCAUUUAUUCAUGAGUUAUAAACAUUAAUAACCUGUGAAAGUGAACCUUAAUGUAAAGUGGAAACCUGUGAACCAUUUAUUAAUGAGUUAUAAACAUUAAUAACCUGUGAAAGUGAACCUUAAUGUAGGGUGGACACUUGUGAACCAUUUAUUCAUGAGUUAUAAACAUUAAUAACCUGUGAAAGUGAACCUUAAUGUAAAGUGAACACAUGUGAACCAUUUAUUAAUGAGUUAUAAACAUUAAUAACCUGUGAAAGUGAACCUUAAUGUAAAGUGGAAACAUGUGAACCAUUUAUUCAUGAGUUAUAAACAUUAAUAACCUGUAAAAGUGAACCUUAAU